AAAUACUGUAACUGUGUCAUAUUUCAUUGAAGUGCAGAAAAUGUUACAAUACCAUCUAUAUACUAUACACAGCAAUAUUCUUUUCUUCUGCGGCAUUGAGACUUGGCUUUUCUUCUGCAACAGGGUUCAUGGCGUAUUAUGAUGAAAAUAAAAUAGAAUAAAAUUCUCUUACAUCGUGGUGUACGGAAACAACUAAGAAAACCAAGGAAUAAUCUGUUUGACAAAUGUCAGCCAUUUGUGAACACACUCUAAUGUUUUGAAUCGAGAAUGCCGUUGCGUUGUGAUUUCUGUGUGCGCGGGAAUGAAAGGUGCUGAAAAGCGCUGCUACAAUUUGUUUUCUGGUGUGAUAUCCCUGAUAUAUUUUUUGAUAUAUCUUCACACCGUGAUUAAUGUUUAAUUUUUCAUGUUCGAGAAUUAUCCAUUUCCACAUAGAUAACAAUGGUUCGAGCACAGCGAAAAUGUGUUAAAAUCCGUACAAAUACCACUCGUAGUAUUCCAUGUCAAGACAAUGUGGAUCAAAACAGCCAGAAGGACAAGAAAUUAAAUACUAGGUGGGAAUGUGUAGAUAAAUCUGCAACAGGGAAUAAUUUGGAAAAGGCUGUAGUAUUAUUGGAAGAUAUUGCAGUUCAUUCAUCACGUGUUUCAAAAAGGAACAUAUUGGGUGAUAAAACCAAUCAUUCACCAAUGUCACCUACAAAUCAAAAGCCAAGGAAGUUUAACAGAUCAACAGACCAAAAAAGUCACCAGAAAAUGUCUUGCAACUUACCAGGAAGAAUAACUGAAGGAAGAUCACCCUACAAAUUAUCUGACAGUAGGAAUCAACAUUCUGCUAAAAAAUCUCUUUUGGGAGUGUUAUCGUCUGAGGAAAAUCUUCAGAAUCAGCCAAAAUCAUCACAAUUCUCUGACAAGUGUAUCUAUACAAAAGUACAAAGAGAGACAUUGAGGAACAAAAAUAUGCCCCGUGAAGAGAAAUUGGCUCAGUACGACUUUGAAAUUGAUGAAAAUGAGCCUGUAGUGAAAAAGAAAAAAAAGAGAAAUGUUACACGUAGGAAGAAAGUUAAGUCCAAAGAGGUAUAUUAUCCUCCAUCAAAAGUUUUCCAAAAAAUAUUUCAAGCUGGUGUCGAAGAAGCUGAAGAGAAAAUUAAGGGAAAACCGAAAGAUGCAGCAAACGCAAAAUCUAAAUUUGAUUUUUUCUGUGAAGAUAACUGCACAGAUCAGACAAUUGGCUGUGAAGUCCAAGGUAAUUCGUUGCCUCCUCUUGUGCGUCCAUCCAACAGGGAAAUUUCGAGAUCUUUUUCUGAAAAUGUAUCUCCUGAUGGAAGGCCAGAGAGUCAGAUUGAGAAGAGGAAUGUUGGAUCAGGGAAAGUUAACACUGAUGCAAAUAUCUCCAAGCCUAAUAUAAGUUUAUGUGAGAAAUCUAUUCCUAAUUUGGUUCAAGGUGUUAGUGUAGUUUCUUGUACUUCAAAAGUAAUGCCCACUGCAGAAAACAGGUAUAAUAAUAAAAGUGACUUAUUCAAAUCUCCAAAUCAACACUUGGCUUCAUCAUUUGGUAACACUGUUUCAACUCCUGUGGGGAACAAUGUUAAAGAUGCCAGAUUUUCAUUGUCAGAAGUAACUUCUACAUCAACUCCUGCCUUCCAAAGUACUCCACUGAACAGUAACUCCCAAGCAGCAAUGAAUGCCUCCCAUUUUGCGAAUGAGUGUUCUAUGAACCAUUCUGUUAAUUGGAUUAAGAGAGUUUCUUUUGUACCUCGUGAAAGUGGCGGUUUUAAUAAUUCAUGUGAAAAUGUGGUGGCAGAAGACUGGAGUGUUGAUAAUUGUUUUGGUUUUGAUGAUGGUAGUGAAGAACCUGUUGAGUUAUCACCACCUAGAGACAUUUCUUCAAAGCAAAGAAUGAGAAAUAAAUUUCCAAUGAACAACGCUAACUCAUUUUCCAAUAAAAGGAAGUACCAACUUAAGAAAAAGGAAACUGAAAUUUCUCCUGUAGUUAAAAGGAAGUGUGGGUUAACUGCAUUAGUUUCACCUAAUAAGUCAUUCAAACUUGGUAUCACAGAUAAAAGUUCUUCUUCAGGAAUUGAUAAAUCUAAUGCAAGCAUAAAUACUUCAACACAGGAAUGUUCAGAAAGAGAAUUAGAUACUUCAGUAAUUGGAAAACCAUCCUCUGUAGUUGCGGGACUGUCACCAUUUUCAAAAUCUUUGAAGCAGACAAAAUUGGAUUUUCUAGCUGUCGAAUCUAAUACUUCUACCUAUGAGACACCUAAAAAAGAUGAGGAAUCUCCUUUACUAUUCAAAGAUCUAGAUAAAACUCCUAUUCAUUUUAAAGAGCCUGCUCGAAGGUCAUAUGUGAGAUCAGUUCGGAAAAAACUGAAACGUGUGGGCUGUGAGUGGAUUGAAAUUGACAGUGAAUCAGAAGAAGCGGGCGAAAGUUCUCACCACUCUUCUCCAAUAAAACGAAAAAAAGUAAAAUUAAAUAAAAAUGAAGCAAAAGAAGCAAAUAAAUGGAUGAAAGAUUUUAAUCGCCAGUGUGAAGAAAUUGAAGGUUUUGAGUUAUGUGUGGAGAAUUGAAAAUAGUUCGUUCCUGCAAAACUGGAUAUGUGGACUUAAACAUACAUCUAUCUUGUGACAUAAAAAUAUAUCAUGACUGAUGUUUAAUUUUAUAUUUGUUUAAAAAUAAUUAAUAAUUAUUGUGCUUCAAUAUUUGAUAGUAUUUCUGUACAUGUUUUGACAAAGAAUGAAGAGUUAAUGUAGAAAUGAGUUAUUUAAGUUUAGAGUAUUUUUUUCCAGAAAAUCAUGUAAUAUUAAUUUUCAACGGAUUUUUCUCAUAAUUAUUGAAGCAUUGGUAAGUUUUUUUUUGUACAUUAUUUAGCGAACCGAGUGUUCCAUUAAAAGAAUCAGAGUUCAAAAUAACUUUUAGAAGUUAUUUUUAUUCAUAUUUUUAUAAUAGUUUGGAAACAAAAUACAUAUGAAUAAAAAUGACUUUUUUUAUUAUUAUUAAACAAAAUUACGCAAAUGCAAAAACAGUGGUGAAGAUGUUAUUGGUUUAUGUAAGUUCUUAUUUCUGUGAAUGGAAGAUAUGUUAUAUUUGUAAAUAUUAUCUUUGUACAGUAUUUUUUAUAUGAUAAAUGUAUCAAAAUAUUUUUUAUAAGGCGUGAAAUAAUAGUGAAAAACCUUUUCUUUCCUUCACUGAAAAGACUUGUGUUGCACGUUAAUAAGAAUGUUUUGAAGAAUCUAAUCUAAUUAUUUUUAAAGACUUGUCUAUAAUGAGAAUAUGGAGGAUAAGUAAAUCCUCUCAGGAAUAAGUAUUUUCUCUCGAACAAUUUUGUUUGAUGACCAGAUGGAAAAUAAAUGAACAGAAAGUUCUUUUGGUCAUAAACAGAUCUGAAUUUCUUCAGAAAGGAACAGAUCUUUUGAUAUAUUGACUACUACUACUACUACUAUUAUUAUU